AUGAGAAUUCAUACUGAUAAAAGAAUUCAUGAAUGUGAAAUUUGUAGUAAGCAGUUUACUCUACAAAGUCAUUUAAAGCGACAUAUGAGAAUCCACAUUGGUGCUCCACAGGAUAGUACAAUGGAAGUUGCAGUUACCAAACCUUUCAAUUCUGCCAAAGUAGAUUUGAAAACUGGCGGCGAAACUCCAUAUGAAUGUGAAAUUUGUUCUAAGCUGUUUACUACAAAAGGUAAUCUAAAGCAGCAUAUGAGAAUUCACAAUGGGGAAAAACCGUAUGAAUGCGAAAUUUGUAGUAAGCAGUUUAAUCAACUAAUACGUUUAAAGCAUCAUAUGAAAGUUCACACAGGUGAAAAACCUUAUAGAUGUGAAAUUUGUAGUAAGCUGUUUACUAUAAAAGGUAAUUUAAAGGUGCAUAUGAGAAUUCACAGUGGUGAAAAACCUUAUAAAUGUGAAAUUUGUAGUAAGCAGUUUAGUGAAAAGAAAACAUUAAAUAAACAUAUAAGAGUUCACAGUGGUGAAAAACCUUAUAAAUGUGAAAUUUGUAGUAAGCAGUUUAGUAAUUUAGAUCAUCAUAUGAGAAUCCACAAUGGUCAAAGUCCUUAUAACUGUGAAAUUUGUAGUAAAACGUUCACUACAAAAAGUAGUUUAAAUAAUCAUAUGAGAAUUCACACUGGCGAAAGACCUUAUAAAUGUGAACUUUGUAGUAAGCAGUUUACUCAACUAAAUAGUUUAAAUCAUCAUAUGAGAGUUCACACAGGUGAAGCUCCUUACAAAUGUGAAACUUGUAGUAAGCAGUUUACUGAAAAAUCAAUUCUAAGUAAUCAUAUGAGAGUUCACACUGGUGAACGACCUUAUAAAUGUGAAAUAUGUAGUAAGCACUUUACUCUGAAAAGUACUUUAAAUAUUCACAUGAAAGUUCAUACUGGAGAGAGACCUUAUAAAUGUGAAAUUUGUAGUAAGCAGUUUAUUACAAGAAGUAAAUUAAAUUAUCAUCUAAGAAUUCACACCGGUGAAAGUCUUUAUCAAUGUGAAAUUUGUAGCAAGCAGUUUAGUGAAAGAUCAACUUUAAAUAACCAUUUGAGAGUUCACACUGGUGAAAAACCUUAUAAAUGUGAAAUUUGUAGUAAGCAAUUUAGUCACCUAAGUAGUCUAAAUCAUCAUAUGAGAGUUCACACAGGUGAAAGACCUUAUAGUUGUGAAAUAUGCUUUAGACAGUUUUCCUUCAAUUAUUCUUUAAAUAAACAUAUGAUUAUUCACACAGGUCAAAAGAACUCGCAGUGCAUGAUUAUAUUUUUAUUUCAAUUUAAUAUGGAAUGUAAUGAAGAUAUUAAAGACCCUAGCGACCAAGAAAUAUUAACACAUAUUAAAGAUGAAGGAGAUUCUCUACAGAAAUAUAACAGUAUAGAAGUUAAAUCUGAAUUAGAUCAAAGCAGUUAUGGACAGGAAUAUGUAUCAGAUGAGUAUUGUUCAGAUUCAGAGGAUAUUAAAAUAGAAAACCAUAUAUUAGAAGAUGUCUCUAAUGAAAUUAAAGUUGAAAUAAAAAACGAACUGGAGGAGUAUAGUAUUGGUGCUCCACAGGAUAGUACAAUGGAAGGUGGAGUUACCAAACCGUUAAAUUCUCCCAAAGUAGAUUUGAAAACUGGUGAAACUCCAUAUGAAUGUGCAAUUUGUAGUAAGCUGUUUACUAGAAAGGGUAAUUUGAAGGUGCAUAUGAGUAUUCACACUGGUGAAAAACCUUAUGAAUGUGAAAUUUGUAGUAAGCUAUUUACUACAAAAAGUGCUCCACAGGAUAGUACAAUGCAAGUUGCAGUUACCAAACUGUUAAAUUCUCCCAAAGUAGAUUUGAAAACUGGUGAAACUCCAUAUGAAUGUGCAAUUUGUAGUAAGCUGUUUACUAGAAAGGGUAAUUUAAAGGUGCAUAUGAGUAUUCACACUGGUGAAAAACCUUAUGAAUGUGAAAUUUGUAGUAAGCUAUUUACUACAAAAAGUAAUUUAAAGAUGCAUUUUAAAAUUCACAGUGGUGAAAAACCUUAUAAAUGUGAAAUUUGUAUAAAGCAUUUUACUGAAAAAGGUGAUUUAAAGCGCCAUAUGACAAUUCACAGUGGUGAAAGACCUUAUAAAUGUGAAAUUUGUAGUAAGCAGUUUACUCAAUUUAGUAAUUUAAAUACUCAUAAAAGAUUUCACACUGGUGACAAACCUUAUAAAUGUGAAAUUUGUAGUAAGCAUUUUACUGAAAAAGGUAGUUUAAAGAAGCAUACAAGAAUUCACAGUGGUGAAAAACAUUAUGAAUGUGAAAUUUGUAGUAAGCGGUUUACUGUAAAAAGUAAUUUAUACACACAUAUGAAAUUUCACACUGGUGAAACACCUUAUAAAUGUGAAAUUUGUAGUAAACAUUUUACUGAAAAAGGUAUUUUAAAGAUGCAUAUGAGAAUUCACAGUGGUGACAAACCUUAUAAAUGUGAAAUUUGUAGUAAGCAUUUUACUGAAAAAGGUAGUUUAAAGAAGCAUACAAGAAUUCACAGUGGUGAAAAACCUUAUAAAUGUGAAAUUUGUAGUAAGCAGUUUACGCAAAGUAGUAAUUUAAAUAUUCAUAAACGAUUUCACACUGGUGAAAAACCUUUUGAAUGUGAAAUUUGUACUAAGCAAUUUUAUAAACGAGGUGAUUUAAAGGGUCAUAUGAGAAUUCACACUGGUGAAACACCUUAUAAAUGUGAAAUUUGUAGUAAGCAGUUUGGCCAUCUAAGUGGUUUCAAGUAUCAUAUGAAAGUUCACACUGGUGAAAAACCUUAUAAAUGUGAAAUUUGUUGUAAGCUGUUUACUCAAAAAGGUGAUUUAAAGAGUCAUAUGAGAAUUCACACUAGUGAAACACCUUAUAAAUGUGAAAUUGAAAAGUAUGAAAGUUCACACUGGUCUGUGAAUUGUGAAAGUGUUUGUUGGUGUUGGUGUUUGUUUUCCUCCACAGAGAGUAAAAUCUUUGGUAAAAUAUUCGGUAUAUUUAAUAUUAUAUUUUUAUUUCAAUUUAAUAUGGAAUGUAAUGAAGAUAUUAAAGACCCUAAGGACCAAGAAAUAUUAACACAUAUUAAAGAUGAAGGAGAUUCUCUACAGAAAUAUAACAAUAUAGAAGUUAAAUCUGAAUUAGAUAAAAGCAGUUAUGGACAGGAAUAUGUAUCAGAUGAGUAUUGUUCAGAUUCAGAGGAUAUUAAAAUAGAAAACCAUCUAUUAGAAGAUGUAUCUAAUGAAAUUAAAGUUGAAAUAAAAAACGAACUGGAGGAGUAUAGUAUUGGUGCUCUACAGGAUAGUAGAAUGAAAGUUGCAGUUACCAAACCGUUAAAUUCUCCCAAAGUAGAUUUGAAAACUGGUGAAACUCCAUAUGAAUGUGCAAUUUGUAGUAAGCUGUUUACUAGAAAGGGUAAUUUAAAGGUGCAUAUGAGUAUUCACACUGGUGAAAAACCUUAUAAAUGUGAAAUUUGUAGUAAGCUAUUUACUACAAAAGGUAAUUUAAAGAUGCAUUUUAAAAUUCACAGUGGUGAAAAACCUUAUAAAUGUGAAAUUUGUAGAAAGCAUUUUACUGAAAAAGGUGAUUUAAAGCGCCAUAUGAGAAUUCACAGUGGUGAAAGACCUUAUAAAUGUGAAAUUUGUAGUAAGCAUUUUACUGACAAAGGUAGCUUAAAGAUGCAUAUGAGAAUUCACAGUGGUGACAAACCUUAUAAAUGUGAAAUUUGUAGUAAGCAUUUUACUGAAAAAGGUAGUUUAAAGAUGCAUACAAGAAUUCACAGUGGUGAAAAACAUUAUGAAUGUGAAAUUUGUAGUAAGCAGUUUACUGUAAAAAGUAAUUUAUACACACAUAUGAAAUUUCACACUGGUGAAACACCUUAUAAAUGUGAAAUUUGUAGUAAACAUUUUACUGAAAAAGGUAUUUUAAAGAUGCAUAUGAGAAUUCACAGUGGUGACAAACCUUAUAAAUGUGAAAUUUGUAGGAAGCAUUUUACUGAAAAAGGUAGUUUAAAGAUGCAUACAAGAAUUCACAGUGGCGAAAAACCUUAUAAAUGUGAAAUUUGUAGUAAGCAGUUUACGCAAAUUAGUAAUUUAAAUAUUCAUAAACGAGUUCACACUGGUGAAAAACCUUUUGAAUGUGAAAUUUGUACUAAGCAAUUUUAUAAACGAGGUGAUUUAAAGGGUCAUAUGAGAAUUCACACUGGUGAAACACCUUAUAAAUGUGAAAUUUGUAGUAAGCAGUUUACUCUAAAAGGUAAUUUAAGGGUGCAUACAAGAAUUCACACUGGUGAAGCACCUUAUAAAUGUGAAAUUUGUAGUAAGCAGUUUACUCAAAAAGUUAAUUUAAGGGUGCAUACAAGAAUUCACACUGGUGAAUCACCUUAUAAAUGUGAAAUUUGUAGUAAGCAGUUUGCUGAAAAGUCAACUUUAAAUCAGCAUAUGAGAGUGACACAACAGAUCGAACACAACGAGCCAUGUGUAUCUUUUUCGGUACACAGUGUUGAGGACAGCCUACCCUCUUAUUCAACAAUUACCCAAUUUAAUAUGGAAUGUAAUGAAAACAUUAAAGAGCCUAGAAACCAAGAAAUUUUAACACAUAUUAAAGAUGAAGGAGAUUCUGUGCAGAAAUAUAACAAUAUAGAAGUUAAAUCUGAAUUAGAUGAAGGUAUUUAUGGACAGGAAUCUGUAUUGCAUGAGUUUUGUUCAGUGGAUAUUAAAAUCGAAAACAAUACAUUAGGAGAUGCAUCCAAUGAAAUUAAAGUUGAAACAAAAACAGAACUGGAGGAGUAUAGCAUUGGUGCUCCAAAGGAUAGUUCACUGAAAGUUAUCAAACAAUUCAAUUAUACUGAAGAAAGACCUUAUAAAUGUGAAAUUUGUCCUAAGCAGUUUAUUCGAAAACAUCAUCUAAAUGAUCAUAUCAAAGGUCACACUGGAGAGAGACCUUAUAAAUGUGAAACUUGUAGUAAGCAGUUUACUCAAAAACGUCAUUUAAAUGAUCAUAUCAAACUUCACUUUGGAGAAAAGCCUCAUAAAUGUGAAAUUUGCCUUAAACAGUUUACUCAAAAACGUCAUUUAAAUGACCAUAUCAAACUUCACACUGGAGAGAGACCUUAUAAAUGUGAAAUUUGUCUUAAGCAGUUUACUCAAAAACGUCAUUUAAAUUAUCAUAUGAGACAUCAUACUGGUGAAAAACCUUAUGAAUGUGAAACUUGUCUUAAAAAGUUUAUUAAAAAAAGUUGUUUAAUGGUUCACAUGAGAGUUCACACUGGUGAAAAACCUUAUAAAUGUGAAAUUUGUAGUAAGGACUUUGCUAUGAUAAGUAAUUUAAAUAUCCAUAUGCAAGUUCACACUGGUGAAAAACCUUAUAAAUGUGAAAUUUGUAGUAAGCAAUUUACUAAAAAAAAUCGUCUAGUGAUUCAUACUAUGAGAGUUCACACUGGAGACAGGCCUUACAAAUGUGAAAUUUGUAGUAAGCAGUAUGCCGAACUAAACAGUUUAAAUUAUCAUAUGAAAGUUCACACUGGUGAAAAACCUUAUAAAUGUGAAAUUUGUAAUAAGCAGUUUACUAUAGAAAGUAAUUUAAAUACUCAUAAAAGAGUUCACACUGGUGAAACACCUUAUGAAUGUGAAAUUUGUAGUAAAAAGUUUACUCAACUAACUAGUUUAAAUGGUCAUAUGAGAGUUCACACUGGAGAUAGACCUUAUAAAUGUGAAAUAUGUAGUAAGCAGUAUACUGCAAAAAGUCACUUAAAUAGUCAUAAGAAAAUUCACAGUGGUGAAAAACCUUAUAAAUGUAAUAUUUGCUCUAAAGAGUUUUGUCACAAAUUUACUCUGAAUAAACAUAAUAUGUCAGUUCAUGAAGGUGAAAGACCUUAUAAAUGUGAACUUUGCGACAAGCAUUUUGCUCUGCUAAGUAAUUUAAAGCAGCAUAUGACAGUUCACACUGGUGAAAGACCUUAUAAAUGUGAAAUUUGUGACAGCCGUUUUACUCAAAAAGGUAAUUUAAAUACUCAUAUGAAAAUUCACACUGGGACUUAACCCUUUCGUUUACCGUGUCUGAAUGGGUCAAACGAACGUUGUCAAGUAAGGAGAAGACCCAGGAAAAGAUAUGCUGCAGCUUGUAUUUAUAAGCAACACCCAUUUGGCUGUAAAUCGGUUAUGGUCUGAGCAGGAAUUACUUCACAAACACGCAGAGAGUUAGUCUUCAUACAAAAUGGCUCCCUUAUGGCUAACAGAUACAUAUCAGAAGUUUUAUACGUUCAUUUUAUGCCUUUCAUGACUAUUAUGGGUGAACAUGGCUUAUUUAUGUAAAAAAUGCUAGACUUCUUAUAUAAUGUAAUAUCUGACCAGAAACUGCGAGAGUUGUUAUUGCAAGAAUAGGAUAACAACGACCAAUUGAAAGUAUGCCUCGUCGCCUACAAGCUGUUAUUAAUGCAAGAGGGGGACAUACACGUUAUUGAUAAAGAUUUUUCCAAUAAUGUUUAGUUUUAAUCAUUUUUUUGUCAGUUCCUUAACAAUAAGUCGCAGUUUGUUUUAACUGUAAACUUGUUACUUCUCAUAAAUAGUUGAACGGCAAAUAAAGAUUUAUUCUUCGCCAG